AUGACAAACACACCCACCCGCGCCACGGCGCCGGUGUCACUGGUCGUGGUCAGUGGCGCCCUUGGCAGUGGCAAGACAACCAUCAUCCUCCAUCUGCUGGAUGCCCUGUCGCGGCAGGGCUUGCGGAUUGCCGUGCUGAAGAAUGAAUUUGGCGAUGCGCAGGUCGAUCAGGCGCUGUAUCGCCGCGCGGCCGGGUCGGCCGACUCGAGGGAGUCCUCGGGGUCGGCCGAGCCUGCUGGCGGUGUGACUGAGGUCCGCGAAUUGGCCAACGGCUGCAUGUGCUGCACGCAGGUGGGCCAGAUCGAGGAUGCCUUGCGGGCCCUGGUGCACUGGCGUCCGACGACGGCCCCGGCCGGGCCGCCGGAUUUGGUCUUCAUCGAAACGUCUGGCGAUGCGCAGCCCGCCUCGCUGGCUUUGGAGUUGGCACGCAUUGCCCAGAAGCCGCUAUUGCCUCCCGGGACGCCGGCCGACCAGCGAACCGGCGGCAUUGAGGUCCGGCUGGAUGCCGUUGUGGCCGUGGUGGACUGCUUGAAUUUCUUCUCCGGCGCCGGAGCCACCGGACCAUUUGCCGCCGGGCCAGAUGGGUCGGCUGGCAGCUGGGUCCCAACACCGAGUGCCCUGCUUCAGGCACGCUUGGUGGAUUUGGUCCUCCUGAAUCGCAUUGAGCCAGCCCCGGGUGAGACCGAGGCCGAUGCCGACCGUCGCCUGGAUCUGGUGCGUGAUGUUGUGGACAGCCUGUUUGAUGAGAAGCCCAAGCUCCGGGCCCCAGGUGGCCGGGUUGAUCCGGCUCUCUUUCGGCUGACAGUGGCGGCGGCGGCGGCGGACACCGCGGCCGCCGCCACCGCGGCCACGGCCAGGCUCGAGGAUCCCUGCGAUCCGGGAUGCACGUUGGGUACCUGCGACCAUGCGGCGGCGCAAGAUCCAACCCGGCCGACACAUCAGCCUCUCCAGGUCCUGCAGGUUCACUCCCUCCGAGCAGAUGGAGCCCUCCCCCUCGGCCAGGAGGCCUUCGAGGACCUCCUGGGCCGGCUGCCAGCCGAGCAGUGCUUCCGAGUGAAGGGGCACCUGUGGUUUGCUGACCAGCCAGCUGAGCGGCACAUUUACAAUGUGGCCUUCGGCCGCCUGGACCACAUGAGCCAUCAGGCGUAUGAACAUCGGCCGGGGGACAGUCAGCCGGGCGACGUGUCUCGACUGGUUGUCAUCGGCCUCGAUCUGUAUAUGGUUCUGGGCCUGGUCCGCCGGGCGCUGGGCGCCGCUGAUGGGGAGACCUCCGUGGCACUGGCAUCCUAGGGGGAGUUGUGCUCUAGGGUUUGCUUGUUUUUUUUUUCUCGCAUCCGUGUGCAUUCGUAUGCAUGUGUAGACCUGCACGAGCAACAAUGUACCAAGGCCAGAAGGCGUGCGGA